AUGACUGCUCAAGUUAUUUGCAAUCCGCUUCUGGGUCAGACCACAGUGAUUGCUGAGAGCCAGGUUAACGUCACAGUUGCAUUGUUACCGCAUGACGAUGGUCAAACAAACUGGGAAGUAGCAGUAUGGUACGGCUCGAAGGAUAUAAGCUGGAAACAGCUUGAUCUCACCCGGAGUGAUGAUGAUAUACCAAUUCUUUCUGCAGACCCUGAAACCUCAGUUUUGGGGUUUUCAAACACCCUGCAACGGCAAUCAUUGAACGGACAACAAAUUUAUUAUACCGUCAAAUAUCGAAGAAGCGGAGACUCAACCUGGAAAUGGGUGAAUGAUGAUCCCAAUUCCGUUGGUGAUGCAGAGAUUAUUUUCCAGAAAUCACCAACUACCUUACAGUUGUCUUCAAUUGAGAAAUAUAUUUCCAACUUGUCAGGUGAUUUUCGCGUCACGUAUCAUGGACAGCAUGAAGAAUCCGAUUCGCCCGUAUGGACUUUGACGUGUUCGAUACCUGCUUCUGUCACUUCCGUCACUGAGCCAAGUGUUCAACGAACUACCAUUGGAUUCCCAAAAGAUGUAGUUCAAUAUUUUGCACUUGUCAAACGGAUGAAUUUCUGGCUAGUGCCACGUCAUGGCGGAUCUAAAUUUGACUUGGGUGAAGAUGAUUGUCAAUUCUAUACAGAGGAUGCGGAGCCAAAAGCAAUUCUGAUAUCCUUCCUAAGAAGUGAUGGGAUGAAUCUUGUGAUGCUUGCGUUGAGUAUGAAUGGUGUUGUAACGACGCUGACAUCUGGUAAGAAUGGGAGUAUUGCCUCUAUAGGAAAGAAUGAGAAUGAAGAGGCAAGAGACGGGAUUGUUAUCUGUGCCGUGGGCAGAACUGUAGAGGAGGGUAUCGCGGCUGCAAUGGGCCAUACAAAAAGAGUUGUUCAGGCAAGCUUAAACAAAGAGCCCAUUACGAGUGGAAGGGUCGAAAAAUCUCUAGAUCUUAAAGUCAGGAAAAGUUUCCACGACGAGCUGGUAUAUUGUACAUGGAAUUCGCUCGGGCCCACCUUAACAUCUACUACUCUUUUCGCCGCGCUUGACGAUCUGGACGCAUCCUCAAUCUACCCAUCUACGAUAAUAAUAGACGAUGGAUGGCAAUUCAUAACUCCUUUCGGCUCCGAAACUUUCCCAAAUCAAAAUCGUUGGUCAAGAUUCGAAGCUUCAUCAACAUCCUUCCCAGAGGGUCUUACCAAUCUCUCGCUACAGAUUAGAAAAUCUUACCCAUGGAUCAAGAAUAUUGGGGUUUGGCACGGUAUUUUUGGCUAUUGGGGAGGUAUUGAACCUGAGAGUGAUAUUGGGAUGAAGUACAAGUUGCGACGGGUAGAGAUCAAUAAUUCGCGACGCAGUGGAAUGUGGGUUGUCGAUGCUUGCGAUGUGAGAAGAUUCUAUGACGACUUUUAUUCAUUUCUCGUCAGCUGUGGUAUAGAUGCGGUCAAACUGGACACUCAAGGAUUAUUAGACGAUCUGAAAAACGCCAAAGACAGAAGAGAAUUAAUACCAGCUUAUCAAAACGCAAUCCACGCAUCACUACUUUCUCAUUUCGAAGACAGAGUAAUAUCAUGCAUGUCCCAAUAUCCCGCUAAUAUUUUCUCUCCUCAAAUAUUACUCUCUUCGUCAACCCAUCCCACAAGUAAAAUCGCCAUGCGCAAUUCCGACGAUUUUUGGCCCAACGAUCCUGUUACUCAUGCUUGGCACAUCCACACCAACUCACACACCGCACACCUAACCACGCAUCUCGAAAACAUCAUCCCAGAUUGGGACAUGUUUCAAACCUCCUCCCAAGUCCCCCGCUACUCAUCCUACCACGCCGCCGCGCGCGCUCUCUCUGGCGGUCUCCUAUCCAUAACCGAUACGCCCUCUCACCACGAUCCUUCUCUCCUUUCCCGACUUUCCUGCACCCCCUUCCAAUCAUCUCCAUCUGCAUCUCCCUCUUCAACUCCAUCCCCCCCUCUCAUUCUCCGCACCCACCCCGCAAAAUCCACAUCCGUAUACCCCAGCUCGCACUCCCACCGCAUACUAAAACUGCACACCUCAACCCUCAAAACCAACGUAAAAGUCCUCGGAUUAUUCAACACUCUUUCUUCCGGGUCCAUCACCGAGACCAUCGGACUUGAGGAAUUUUUCCCCCUCUCGCAUUCUUCAUCUUUCCACAAAAAUAAAAAAGAUACCACCGAAGAAAAUCAAAGAGCCCAAGAAAACAAAAACCAAUACAUCCUACACAGCUCCUCGAACAGUAUUCUCUCUCCACCUAUUUCACUCACAGCCCGGGGAACAAACGCGAGUAAAUGCUUAAUCACCUUAACCGAAUCCGGAUGGGAAAUCCUCACCGCGUGUCCGGUAUAUACUAUUCCUCUCCCUCUUCCACCAACUUCUCUUUCCAAUCCCGCACAGCAAACCCCCCAACCCACCACCACCACCCCGCCAAUCACCCUCGCCAUCCUCGGUCUCCUCCACAAAUUCGUCGGCGCGGCUGCAAUUCUCAAGCAUUCAUUUUCAUAUUCAUAUUCAUUUUCUACAUCUACUUCAUCUAUCCCUGCUUCAACUUCAGCCUCAGACCCAUCAUCCUCCUCACCCUCCUCCUCAAUCUCCUCCACACCCCCCAUCCAAACCCCCGACCCCGCCCCUACCCUCAAUCUCCACAUCCACCUAAAAGGCACCGGAAUCCUCGCUCUAUACAUAUCUUCCCCCUCCUCCCCCACCCCCUCCCCCAAACUCUCCACCCUCUCCAUCUCCCACCUCCCACUCACCCAUCUCCUUCCCCACCAUACAAAAGUCGAUUAUCUACCUCACGCGCGCGGAUACAUGGUUUCGAUUGAUUUACCUUCUAUAUUGAAUAUGCGUUCCAGUCCUAGUUCUAGUUCUAGUUCUGGGAGUACGAGGGCGAAAGAGAGGGGGGAGUGUGGGGAUAUGGGCGUCUUUGACGAUGAAGGGGAGGGGGAUGGAGAUGAUGAGGGGGUAGUAGUUGAUAUUGGGAUUCUGGUGUGA